GUUGUGGUCGGGGGGGGGGGCGCUGUGUCCUGGCAUGUGACGAGGAGGAGGAGAGGGGGCAGUGGAGCAAAGCAAAGCAAAGCAAAGCACAGCAAAGUAAAGCUAGCAGCAAGGAUAGAGUCGGGGAGGGAUUAUCAGUUAACUAUGCUUAUCUGCAUGUGAUAUGGUGGCCGACAAAAAGUGACCACACUGUCUUUCUGCUCUCUGGCGCUCAGCGAUGUGUCAGCUCGGCCGCUACAUGAAGGCCUGAAUCGGUCUAAGUUUAUGUUAGCAGUCUGGUGUUAGCUCCUGCCGCUAGCUCACUCCUGCUGCUGCUGCUGCUGCUGGUGACUUCACUCAACUUGUCAACAGCCGAUCCGAUCGAUCCUGGACGGGACUCGGGACUGUUUUCGCUGCUUACUCGUUGUAGCCCGUUGGCAGUUUUCUGUAACGUAAAAAUCUUCUGAACCAGCAGCACUAUCGGGAGAGUGGAGCUAUGAUGGCAACGUGACAGGAGGGGCACCGCUGAGUCAGCUUCAACAGGAACCAUGGAAGGGUUUCAGCAAACUGCUACAAAGAAGCACGACGGGGUGAACGGCUACUGUGAGCCCAAAUCCCCCCAGGACACCGCUGAUGUCAGGUGGACGUCACCGGAGGGAGAGUCCGGGGGUUCGGACAGCUGUGGGGGGACGAGUGUGUCAGAGCUGACAGACCUGCAAGAGUUGAAGGCUAGGGAAAGUGAAGAUGAGGAGGACAGGGACGAGAAGGAGGUGUUGCCUGUCUCUAAAGGCCUGAAAGGGGACCAGAAGAAGAAGAGAGAGAAAGAGGGUCUGGAUAAGGAGGAGAACAAUCACAGUAAGCAAAACAGCAGUGCAGCGUCCAGCUACACAGACCUGUCCCAUACCUCGUCGCCUUCGUUGUCAGAGCAGCUGCGUCUUGGCCGCGAAGACAGUGCAGGGUCUGGGAUCAGCGUGGAGUGUAAGGUCUGCGGGGACAAGGCCUCGGGCUUCCACUAUGGCGUGCAUGCCUGUGAAGGUUGCAAGGGCUUUUUCCGGCGAACCGUGCGCAUGAAACUGGAAUAUGAGCGCUGCGAGCGUUCCUGCAAGAUUCAGAAGAAGAAUCGUAACAAGUGCCAAUACUGUCGCUUCCAGAAGUGCCUGUCUUUGGGAAUGUCCCAUGAUGCGAUCCGAUAUGGACGUAUGCCUGAGGCGGAGAGGAAGAAGCUGGUGGCAGGCCUCCUUGCAGAGGAGCUGAACCUUGGCAAACCAGGAGGCUCUGACCUGAAGACCUUGGCCAAACAAGUGAACACAGCCUACCUGAAGAACCUCAGUAUGACCAAGAAGAGGGCCCGCAGCAUCCUGUCGGGCAAAACCAGCAGCACCUCGCCAUUUGUGAUCUACGAUGUAGACACACUCUGGAAAGCAGAAAGUGGUUUGGUGUGGAGCCAGUUACUUCCAGGUGCGCCCCUGACCAAGGAGAUCGGGGUCCAUGUGUUCUACCGCUGCCAGUGCACUACGGUGGAGACCGUGCGAGAGCUCACCGAGUUUGCCAAGUGCAUUCCAGGGUUUGUAGACCUCUUCCUUAAUGACCAGGUUACUUUGCUGAAAUAUGGUGUGCACGAGGCUAUUUUUGCCAUGCUGCCAUCUCUCAUGAACAAAGAUGGACUCUUGGUGGCCAAUGGGAAAGGCUUUGUUACUAGGGAGUUCCUGCGCAGUUUAAGAAAGCCCUUCAGUGAGAUCAUGGAGCCCAAGUUUGAGUUUGCUGUCAAGUUUAAUGCUCUGGAGCUGGAUGACAGCGACCUGGCCCUGUUUGUUGCUGCCAUAAUUCUCUGUGGAGAUCGUCCCGGGCUAAUGAACGUGAAGCAGGUGGAGCAGAGUCAGGACAACAUCCUCCAGGCCCUGGACCUCCACCUCCAAGCAAACCACUCUGACUCUGUCUACCUCUUCCCAAAGCUGCUGCAGAAGAUGGCCGACCUCCGUCAGCUGGUUACUGAGAACGCUCAGCUUGUCCAAAAGAUUAAAAAGACUGAGUCUGAGACCUCGCUCCACCCUCUACUACAGGAGAUCUACAAAGACAUGUAUUAGUGUUCUUCAGCACAGACUGCUCUUAGCAAUACUGUUACAGACUUAAUUUACGUUUAUUAUAAUACACUGCAUUCAGUACAAGCACUGUUCCACGUUUGGGCAUGGAUUUUAACAUGUGCAGAUGAGGCAGAGUCAAGUGGUAGGGCUAACACAAUCAGCAAAGUCUUCACAAUGUCAGCAUUACCUUCAGCACAGUAAUUGUGUGUGUGUGUGUGCGCGCGCGUGUGUGUGUGUGUGUGUGUGUGUGUGUGUGUGUGUGUGUGUGUGUGUGUGUGUGUGUGUGUGUGUGUGUGUGUGUGUGUGUGUGUGUGUGUGUGUGAGAGAGAGAGAGAGAGAAAGAGAUGAGCAUCUGGAAUCAUUUGCUGCAAGUCCUAGUUUCCCACAACGGUCACUUAACAGAGAGAAUGAUAUGUUUUCUCACCAAGGCUGCUCCUAUUUCAUCCUAAUAGCAAAGCUGACCCCAGAGCAGCAUCUAGAGAGAGCUUCUCCUCACUCACCUCGCCUGUGUCUUGCUGUAAAGGGAAAGCAUUUCAUGUUCUCACACCAAUGGCAUAGUUGAGUUGAGCUGUCAGUUUGUACUUUGCAAGAGUUUCUUAUGAUGCCAAUGUCUUUGGUAGAGUGAUUGUUCUCGGACUUUGGGUGAAGCUGAAGAUGCACAAAUUGGGUUUUGUUUACAUCUUUAUAAUCAUCAUCAUCAUCAUCAUCAUAAUCAUCAUCAAUGACCGCUUUCUUUGCCAUUUGGUUUAUAGAACACAAACUGGGCUGGCUCCAGCAGUGUAGAGCUCUCUCAAUGCAGCUGUCUGUGCAAUACCAUUUCCAUUUUGCAAUAAAUGUGGAGAUCCAAGUUAUUUAGGUCCUGUCUUAAAGCCAUCUACCCAAGUGGUAACUAAUGGACUAUGCUGCAUAGAUUAAGUUUCUGAAGCUGACACUAUUAACGCAUGACCCAUUGAAGUACAAGGGACAGCAUGUUUUUUCUUUUUUUUUUAAUCUGCAAAUUAUUAUGAACUUGCCAUUUUAAGGUUUUUCUUAGUUUUUUCUUUGUAAUUAUGUUACUAAUUAUUUGUAAUUGUUGAUCAUACUUGUAAGGGCAAAACAUGAAUUACUAUCUUGUUUUAUGUAUUACGUAUAUGUUUUCUUUCAUAUUACAUGCCUGCCUAUUUAGUUUAGAUUGUACCAAAUAUAUCAUUGAGCAUACCAACAAAUUUUUCCUUAAUGAGGAACUUGGAUUGAACGCCUUAGAAGGAUCUACCUUAAACCAGCAUACUGUACCAUGAUAUCAUAUUGGCAAAAUUGAUUGAAAAUUGAUGAUUAGAAAGCAAUCAACAUCCAGCAUCUGGUAUGAUAAAUUGUUUCUGUAUUCACCCUAGAUAUAACCACAGCCCUAGAUUACUA